AUGGAGAAGCAGAGUCAGGGUGCGACUAGUUCAAAAAUGAGCGACGAUACCAUUGCUGCGAAUCCAGCCCGUUCGGAGAGUGCCAAAGAGAGAAUAUCUCCAACCGCAGAUUCGAGAGUAAAUAGUUUCGAAAAAGGGACCGAUGCCGAAGAAGUAGAGCCCACUGACGAUGAGAAAAAUACGCUUCGACGAAUUGGUGAUAGUUUGCCCAUGUCCGCUUGGCUUGUCGCUAUCGUGGAACUGUGUGAGAGAUUCUCAUACUAUGGUUGUGUGGGACUAUUCCAAAAUUAUGUUCAACGUCCACUGGAUGGUUCUUUGGGUCGUGGUGCUCUCGGUCUCGGACAUCAAACUGCAACAGCUCUGACAGUCUUUUUCUCCAUGUGGUGUUACUUCACUCCAAUCUUUGGUGCCAUCGUUGCCGAUCAGUACCUUGGUCGAUUCAAAGCCAUUUGCUAUUUUGCAGUCGUCUAUAUGGUUGGUCUACUGGUUCUUGUCUUGACAUCUCUACCAGUUUCUCUUCGAAACGGAGCUGGAUUGGGAGGGUACAUUGCAGCCAUUCUUAUCAUUGGUGUUGGAACCGGAGGUAUCAAAUCCAACGUCAGUCCUCUAAUUGCCGAUCAAUACACCCGAAAACGUAUGGCAAUAAAAGUUCUUGAAACUGGUGAACGUGUCAUUAUUGAUCCUACCGUUACCAUUCAACGAAUCUAUUUGAUCUUUUAUUGGUGUAUCAAUAUCGGAGCUCUUUCCCUUCUCGCAACACCUUACAUGGAAAGAGAUGUUGGGUUUUGGUCCGCGUACCUUAUGUGCUUGUGUGUCUUCAUGGUUGGUUUCCUCACAUUGCUUGUGGGAAGGAAGCGAUAUGUUGUUCGCCCACCCAACGGAACAGUUAUCACCGAUGCGUUCAAGAUCAUCGGGCAAAUGAUCAAAUACCGAAAUCUAAACGCUGCAAAACCUUCUUACCGAGCAGCGAACAAUCUGCCACAAACUACUCCAUGGAAUGAACAGUUCGUUGAUGAAGUCAAGCGUGCAUUAAUAGCUUGUCGGGUCUUUGUCUUCUACCCUAUCUACUGGGUUGUCUAUGCUCAAUUCUCCAGCAACUUCGUUUCUCAGGCCGGAGAAAUGAAUACACACGGUGUUCCCAACGAUCUUUCCCAGAACUUUGAUCCCAUUGCCAUCAUUCUCCUCGUACCAGUAAUGGAUCGUCUAGUUUACCCACUCUUGCGCAAGUGGCACAUCAAAUUCCGACCCAUGUCCCGUAUCACAUUCGGUUUCAUCGUCGCUAGUUUCAGCAUGAUGUAUGCGGCCAUCGUGCAGCACCUCAUCUACAAAGCCGGCCCAUGUUACGGCAAACCUCUCGAAUGUCCUGCCGCUAUUCUCCCAGACGGAACAAUCCAACCCAACGAAGUGCAUUUUGCAAUUCAAAUCCCGGCUUACGUAUUGAUUGGUAUAUCUGAAAUCUUUGCCUCAGUCACCGGUCUCGAGUAUGCAUAUACUAAAGCACCUGCGUCCAUGAAGUCCUUCGUUCAAGCUAUGUUCUUAUUGACUAACGCUUUUGGAUUCGCGAUUUGUCAGGCGUUCGUCCCGUUGGUGGGUAAUCCGACGAUUUUGUGGAUGUUUGUGGGACUGGCUUGUGGAAGUUUCGUAGCGGGUAUUGUGUUUUGGAUUUGUUAUCAUAAGCUUGAUGACCAGGAGGAUGAGCUUAAUAGUUUGGAUGCUAAGUCUGAGGAGGUGGAAUCAAAGGGCACAAGUGAUGGUAAUACUAGAGAUGUGUAA